ACACUCGUCACAGGUGAUUACAACACCAUUUACAAAAACCACUAUAUAAACUUGUUCUUCACCGUUCUCUCUCUCUCAUCUCUCACACCACUCACUCGUCGUGGUAUCUCUAUUCUCUUACACACUCUCUUCAAAUUUUUUCUUUUCUUUUCUAUUUGCAUUUUCUCUCUAAACAAAAACUUAGAUCGCGAUAAUGGAGUUAUUCUUCUACAUCGUUUUCGGUGCAUUAGCCGCUGUUGUUGCUGUUCUUGAGCUUGGCAAGAAUAACAAAGAUCGAAUCAACACUUCUACCGCUUUCAAUUCCUUUAAGAACAAUUAUAUUCUCGUUUAUUCUCUCAUGAUGGCUGGUGAUUGGUUGCAAGGUCCAUAUGUGUACUACCUUUACACUACAUAUGGAUAUGGAAAAGGGGAUAUUGGACAACUCUUCAUUGCUGGAUUUGGGUCGUCCAUGUUAUUCGGAACAAUUGUCGGAUCUCUUGCUGACAAACAGGGCCGGAAGAGGGCUUGUGUGACUUACUGCAUAACCUACAUUGCGAGCUGCAUCACCAAACAUUCUCCUCAGUACAGAGUUUUGAUGUUGGGUCGUAUCUUGGGAGGCAUUGCUACUUCACUUCUAUUUUCAGCAUUUGAAUCGUGGCUUGUUGCUGAGCAUUUCAAGAGAGGCUUUGAUCAGCAAUGGCUAUCAUUAACAUUCUCGAAGGCUAUAUUUCUUGGAAAUGGUCUUGUUGCCAUUUUUUCUGGGCUGUUUGGAAAUGUCCUUGUUGAUACAUUGGCUCUUGGACCAGUGGCUCCCUUUGAUGCUGCUGCGGGUUUUCUUACUAUUGGUAUGAUCGUCAUAUUAUCUACAUGGACAGAAAAUUUCGGGGAUGCUUCUGAAAACAAGAGCUUGGUAGCCCAAUUCAGGGGUGCUGCUGUGGCCAUUGCUUCUGAUGAAAAAAUAGCAUUGCUUGGUGCCAUACAGUCUCUCUUUGAAGGUUCAAUGUAUACCUUUGUGUUCCUAUGGACUCCUGCAUUGAGCCCAAAUGAUGAAGAGAUUCCCCAUGGUUUUAUUUUUGCAACAUUCAUGUUAUCUUCAAUGUUGGGAAGCUCACUCGCAUCUAAGUUGAUGGCUCGUUCAUCAUUCCGUGUAGAGAGCUACAUGCAGAUUGUUUUUGCAGUUUCUUCUGCUUCUCUGAUGCUUCCCAUUAUUACCACCUUUUUUGCAGUUCCUACCAAAGCAACAGGUGGUGGUCUCUCAUUCGCUGGGUGCAUUCAGCUUCUUGGCUUCUGUACUUUUGAAGGUUGUGUUGGCAUAUUCUGGCCAUCCAUUAUGAAGAUGAGAUCCCAAUACAUUCCUGAGGAAGCCAGGAGCACCAUCAUGAACUUUUUCCGCAUUCCUCUGAACAUUUUUGUGUGUGUUGUGCUGUACAAUGUUGAUGCAUUCCCUAUCACUGUUAUGUUUGGUAUGUGCUCAAUUUUCCUCUUCAUGGCUAGUAUCUUACAAAGGCGACUGCUGGUGAUUGCAGAUAAGCCAAAAGCAGAAGAUUGGCAAUUGAAGGAAAGGGACACCGAGUCAGAGCCAUUGAAUCUGUAAUUGGUUAUUAAGUUUUGGGGAGGCACUGAAUGCUGCUGCUUCAGCCUUACAUAAUACAGUUUCUGUCUAAACUGUGUACUACGCAAUUUGAGUUUGAAGGUAAAUCUGAUGCCCACCACCAACAACCAAAGGAAAGGGGUUCAAGCUAAAAGGAUGAGUGGAGCAAUUUCUUUUAGUGUUUUUGAAUAUCAAUAUCAAUAUCAAUACUAUAGUAUGUUAGAUUUCUACUGGCUAUUAUUACUUGAGGAGAAAUCUCCAUCUCCAUUUUGGUAGUUCUUUUGUCAUUCUUUUUGGGGCGGGAUCUAAGUUUGUCCCGUAGGGAAUAGUAUAUGUACCCUAAUUUCAUUGUCUUUAAUUGUGUAAUGAAACCACUCAACAUUUAAUUAAUGAACCCUCUAAAUCUUCAUUUAUUCA